ACUAAAUACAAUACCAGUGCAUCACCCACCAAUCAUACUAUUCCAUACAUCACAAUGGGUUCAUAGCAAAAAGGGGGUCUAUCUGUCUGCUCAAAGAUAGGCAUGCAUAUGGUUGCGAUCAAUACUUAUCAGUCUAAUAAUUGUGGUUGGUAAAAGACAAGAUAUAAAAUUCAUCCAAGACUCUAUAUUUAUAUAUGAAUCUAUUCCUAAAGGUUUUUCACCGGAUUCCAAGGGCAGCCAAUGAUGUAUUUCCACGAAAACCAGUCACUAUCCUAGCAAUUUUAAAGUGGGAGUUAUUUGGUUAGAGCGACGGACUCCGAUCCGACUCCAGAGAGUAGAAAGCAAAGCAGUUAAGCAGAGGAGAGGAGAUGGGUCUGUUGACCAACAGAGUGGAGAGAAGCGAAAUCAAGCAAGGAGAUCACAUCUACACUUACAGAGCCGUCUUUGCUUAUUCUCAUCACGGUAUAUAUCUUGGCGGUAGCAAGGUGGUUCAUUUUACGCCCAGGCAAUAUGCAAAUUCAAGCUCUGAUAUGUCUUCUGACUUCUACGAUACAACGUCAAGCUGUUCAACUUUUCCCGACUGUGGAUUCAGGCAACCUAAUAGUGGGGUGGUUAUGUCAUGCCUGGACUGCUUCCUUGGAAAGGGAUCCCUUUAUUGUUUUGAGUAUGGGGCAACUCCAUCGGUUUUCCUUACAAGAGUACGCGGGGGCACAUGCACCAUAGCAGCAUCUGACCCGCCAGACACAGUCAUUCACAGAGCGAUGUAUCUCCUUCAAAAUGGAUUUGGAAACUAUGAUGUCUUCCAGAACAACUGUGAGGAUUUUGCACUGUACUGCAAAACUGGUCUUUUGAUAAUGGAUAGGCUAGGGGUUGGAAGAAGUGGCCAAGCUUCUUCAAUUAUUGGUGCUCCGUUGGCCGCCAUUCUUUCUUCUCCUCUGAAGCUGUUCAUGCCAAGUCCUGUCGGUGUCGCUACUGUUACAGCUGGUAUGUAUUGCAUGAGCAGAUAUGCUACUGAUAUAGGCGUUCGGACUGACGUGAUCAAGGUGGCAGCGGAAGACUUGGCAGUGAACCUGGGUUGGGCAGGCCAUCUUGAACAAGAAGCUAUGGACAAUGUGGCUGUUAACGGACAGCUCACAGGGUGAUACUGAUACCCUAUUCUCUCUUGUUGUUGUCAAGCUUAGUUAAAUUGUAAUUGUAGUCUGGCUUAACAAUCAUUUAUUGGCAUUGUUAGAAUUGAACAUUCUGCACGUCGAACUUAUAAAGGUGUAUCAUCUCUCUCUU